CCAAGUUUCACUCUGAGCUCACUUCGCGGAGGAUAGAUAUGCGUCCGACCGGACAGUUUGACCCUAUUGUGAGGGUUGAAGUGCUUAUUUUUUAAAAAUCUUUUGACGGUGUCUUGUAGUUUCUUGGCUUGGCAUCAAAAAUGAUGCGCUUCUUGCUGCUCUUCAGUCGCCAGGGGAAGCUGCGUCUGCAGAAGUGGUUCACAUCGAUGUCAGAUCGUGAGAAGAAGAAGAUCAUCAGGGACAUGACCACCAUGGUGUUGGCUCGGCAGGCACGUUCCUGCAACUUCCUGCAGUGGAAAGACCUGAAGAUUAUUUAUAAGAGGUAUGCAAGCCUGUAUUUCUGUUUGGCUGUAGAGAGCCAGGAAAAUGAGCUGCUAGCCCUGGAGAUUAUUCAUCGCUACGUGGAGCUGCUAGACAAAUACUUUGGCAAUGUGUGUGAGCUGGACAUAAUCUUUAACUUUGAGAAGGCCUAUUUUAUCCUGGAUGAGUUUCUAAUGGGAGGGGAGAUCCAGGAAACCUCCAAACAGAUUGUGAAUCGCUCCAUUGAAGCUUCAGACAUGUUACAGGAGGAUGACAGCAGUGAGUGGUAUGAGGUGGAGCUGUUUGGAUGACCUUGAAAAUGCACAGAAAGACGUUGGAGGAGUACAUGAGCAAACCUGCAUUUUAGCUUAUGGGGAAGGAAAAAAAGGACGUGAACUACCAGCGGGGAGGAAGACAGGACCCAAAUGUACUGUAUAGGAGUCAAAUAAGUUUCUGGACCUGAAAAUGGAAUUAACUUUGAUUCUACUGAACAUUUUCAGUAGAAGAAAACACAACUCACUUGAAUGUCUGCCUAAAUCAUAGCUCUGUGUACCCAUGCCUUUGGAAGGCGAGUCUAAUAUACAUUAACAGUAAUGCAUUCAAGUGAAGGGAGUGGGUGUGAGUGUGUGUGUGUGUGUGUGUGUGUGUGUGUGUGUGUGUGUGUGUGUGUGAGAGAGAGAGUGGGGGGGCUUUGGGAUGAGGAGUUCUUAAAUUUGAAGUAAUGACACAGGAUGGGUAUAAAAAUCAUAAUGAGGAACUGAUGCUUAGAUUUAUAAAUUUGCUGCAUUUAUCGUGUAUUAAUAUAUUGGAAAUGAAUGUUUGCGGUCUGAGAAGUGUCUGGUUUUUGGAAUUGUGCCAUGUGCUCUGCAACUCGAGGUGUGGAGUUAAAUGUCUUUCAUUCUUACCAGCACAUAACUGAUUUUGAAAUAACACUGAUACUGAUGAUUAGCUACUGUUUUUUAGUGUGUAUAACAUAUUAUAUGUGUUUGACUGUUAGUCUUUUAAAAAAGUGCACUUGCUUGUGAGGGUGUGAGUCUUUUUUUUUUCUUUUU